AUGAAGAGAACAUUAACGCCGGUCGAUCUGAAUAUCCGCAACAUCAUGCAUUGUAACGGAGGAGACGAUGAUGACGUAAUUAUGUUAGAUGAAGAAAUUCCAGCUAAAGUUAUAGUUAAAAAUUCCCAGAGCAGCACUGGUCACAGGGUUACGAAAAAUGAUGUCCGGUCGCAAUUGAAGUCGGAGCAAACAAAUAUAGUAAUUCGUGCUCGACACGCUGGUGUCGCUCGGUGGACACGUCGAGAUGACGUUUUCAGUAAGGAUUUUAUCAUUAUUCCAAUUAAUGAGAAAAUUCACUGGAUUGUUGGUAUUGUUUGCUAUCCUUGGAUGGUGGGAAUGCCCAAGGAUGUGCAUGCGGAUGAAGUUGUUGGCCAGUGCCCAUUGAUGGAAGAAUUUUCUGACGUCGAAUAUAUUAAAUUUCCUCAAAGUUUAGAUUUAUCCACUAUUUAUGAAGAAUCGGUGCACAGAAUUCCUAUAGAUGUUCAACGUGAAGCAUUUAAUCGUUGGAGACGAAGACGUUUAGCCUGGCUCCGGAAGAAUGGUUACAAUCCGAAGCCUUGUCUUCUAAUAUUUGACUCGCUUCCUACUGUAUCUAGAGUUCCUAUUGCGCGUGUUCUUUACAACUAUCUACAAGUGGAAUGGGAUACGAGGAGAUCAGAAGUAGACGGUGUCCUCCGUUUCAAUAGCGAUACUCUCCCUAUGCAUACUCCAUUUUUGCCUACUCAAAAUAACGGUGUGGAUUGUGGAGUUUUUAUGCUUCACUAUGUGGAAAAGUUUUUCCAGAAACCAAUCGAAAGUUAUACAAGGCAGUAUUUUGCCUCGAAGCUGAAGGAUUGGUUUCCGGAAUCAGAUAUUCCAGCGAAACGACUCUUUAUCCGCGAUCUGAUCUUUACGUGCGCAUCGAGAUGAUAGUCUUUUCAGUAAAGAUGUUAUCAUCAUUCUAAUUUUAAUAAGAGUAGGGUGAACUCAGUUUGCGCAGAUUUUGCGGACAUUUUUGUGUAUUUGAUUUUGCCUCUACUCACUGAUGAUAACUGACUGACCAGAGUUGUCCGAUCACCACCAUCACCGCUUGACUAACCCAUUCAUGAUCUCAUGAUGAUGAUUAUAAUGAUGAUGAUGAUGAUGUGUUUGGUUUAGUGUCGUGUCGUGUUGUGUUGUGUUGUGUCAAGUUGUGUG